AAAAAAACUUAAUAAAAUGAGUCAAAAUGUGAACAACCACUGUACGGACGGAGUGACUAAGAAUGAAAGAUAAAGAAAAUAAAUUUUUUUUGUCUCAUUGAAACCGUAACGUGCACGACUUGUAAUAAAUUUCCAAAACGACUUUUAAUUCCCAAACCCCUCACCGGAAGUUGCGCGUGAACCCAGUUUUACCUCGACGCUUCUCAGCCCGGCGUUGUGUCGUCCACCCAUCCCGACUCAGCGGGACUCCGGGACACAACAGAUGCGACGGAGCCCCGGGACGAGGUGCUGGUAGCAGCCUGUUGAAGCGACGUUUUUGUGGGAGGGACGCGGGGAAGAUUUGCCUCGGAAAAUAAAAACAACAGAUUGUUGCACUGUGAGCUUUGGGGUUGAUUUGUAAAUUUCACCUUCAAUGGCCGUUGGAAACCGCGCGGACUGAUGAGAAAGGACGUAAAGUGAAAGACAAAAAGACUUUUUGAUGAGGGACGCCGCUGCUAACUGGCUCUUUGUGUCGGAAGCGUCUUUUUUCUUUUUUUUCUUUUGAGCAGUAAGGCCUCCAAGAUAGAUUCCCUCAGGAGUAAAGUGGACUUGUUGCGUCUUCCGUUGGUCCUUUCCACAAAGUCCAUCAGCAACCGCAAGAGCCAAUUGGGCGUGGUGUGGGAGAAGGGCGGCGGCUCGGGCACGGGAGUGUCACGGAAACUCCGCCCACCGCUGGCCUCCGACAUGGACAACGAGUCAACGUAUUCGGGCUAUUCCUACAAGUCGUCCCACUCGCGUACCUCCCGCAAAAACAGGGAGAGAAGGGACCGGCAUCGCUUGAAGAAUCGGGAUGGCUCAAUCCGUGGAGAUAAGUCUGUGAUGAUCCAGGCCCCGGGCGAGCCACUGCUGGAUCCUGAGUCCACCGUAGCAGACGACCGGGACGACAACUGGGGUGAGACCACCACCGUGGUCACUGGGACUUCUGUGGACAGUAUCUCCAAUGAGGAUCUGACUCGGAUCUCUAAGGACUUGGAGGACUCUUUGCCUCUCGACUGUCGCCGUUACAUCAGCCCCGUUCUAGGAGCCAUUUUGGGGCUCAUCUCUGUAAUCACUCCCUUGGCUUUCCUCGCCCUUCCACAGCUCCUUUGGCGGGACACAUUGGACCCUUGUGGAACGCCAUGUGAGGGCCUUUACAUCUCUCUGGCUUUCAAACUCCUGAUCCUCCUCAUCUCCACGUGGGCGUUGUUCCUCCGCCCGUCCAGGGCCACUCUGCCACGCUUCUUCGUCUUCCGCUGUCUGCUCCUGGCGCUGGUCUUUCUCUUUGUUGCAUCUUAUUGGCUCUUCUACGGCGUCCGGGUCUUGGAGCCCCGCGAGACGGACUACAGGGGGAUCGUGGGAUAUGCCGCAUCUCUGGUGGAUGCACUGCUGUUCAUUCAGUAUCUGGCUCUGGUUCUGCUGGAGGUCCGACACCUGCGGCCCGCUUUCUGUCUGAAGGUCGUCAGGACCGCUGAUGGAGUCAGUCGGUUCUACAACGUGGGGCAUCUUAGCAUCCAGAGGGCAGGAGUGUGGGUUCUGGACCAGUACUACAGCGACUUCCCAGUCUAUAACCCAGCAUUACUUAACCUCCCCAAGUCCAUCCUUACCAAGAAGAUGUCCUCCUUCAAAGUCUACAACCUGGAAGAAGAGAACACCAACAAUUCCACAGGCCAGUCCAGAGCCAUGAUAGCAGCCGCCGCUCGGAGAAGAGACAACUCCCAUAAUGAGUACUACUACGAGGAGGCAGAGGUGGAGAGGAGGCUCCGCAAACGCAGGGCCAGACUGGUGGUGGCAGUAGAAGAAGCUUUCACCCACAUCAAGCGUCACCAGGAUGACGACACCCCCACAUCGUCUCCCAAACACCCACGGGAGGUGAUGGACCCCAGGGAGGCCGCCCAGGCUAUCUUCGCCCCCAUGGCCCGGGCCAUGCAGAAGUACCUGCGGGCCACCAGGCAGCAGUCCUAUCACACCAUGGAGAGCAUCAUCAACCAUCUGCAGUUCUGCAUCACGCACAACAUGACACCUAAGGCCUUCUUAGAGCGCUACCUCAGUCCUGGUCCCACCCUCCAGUAUCUGGACAACAACAGGGGGCGCCAGUGGACACUAGUGAGCGAGGAGCCAGUGACGGCCUCCUUGCGCCAAGGCCAGGUCUUCUCGCUGAAGCGCCUCGACUUCGCCCUGGUCGUCAAGGUGAUGCCCCUCCCUUUCCUGCGCCUAGCAGAGGAGUUUAUCGACCCAAAAAGUCACAAGUUUGUCAUGAAGCUCCAGUCAGAGACGUCUGUGUAGCAGAACGGAUGCAGCUGGACAGAAGGAAAGGGGAAGUUGAAAGAUACUUCUUAUCGAGGGCAUGGUUUUUUAUUUUAUAUACCUUGUAGUAUUACAGUGUUGUUAUACAUGGUUUUUUUUUAUUAUCAUUAUUAUUUGUCCAAAUACAAAGCCAUAAAACAUAUGGCCAAGACAAAGAAAGAUGAAGUCGUAGCCCUUUAUAUUAGUUUGAAGAAAUAAAGAUAUAGACACUUCCCUGUCUGAGUGCUGCUGGGGAAGUAUCAGUCUAACACUUUGUUCUUCUCUAAACAAAUGUCAUACACAACAAAAUGUGUUCUUCAGGCUUUGCUCCAGAUCCAGUUGUGCUUUUUGCUUUUUUCUUUUCUUUUUUUUAUUACCAUUUAACAUGACCCUUCGUACCACCACAGCACUCUACUAAAAAAUCUUUUAUUUUUACCAGAGUAUUAGGCUUUUAGAUAAGACUAUUUUGCUGAACAAAUCUUGGUUUUUAUUUCUUCAGUAGUUUUUCUUUUUUCUUUGGUACAACUCAAAUUGUAACCUUAUACAGCAGAAUCAAACAUUGCAAAACCCAAGUGAAAUGAUAUUUUAACCUUUACUGAGUCUUGUAACAAAAUGAUACGAUCCGAAACAAAAAACAACUGAAUUCUUUUUAGAUUGCGGUAGCAGUUCUGCUUUCUUGAAAUGGCAGAUGAAGACAGAUGACUGACAGAUGAUCUUUCUCGUGACAGACAUGAGGAACAAUUUUGAUGUGAAAAAUGUAUUAAUUGCUUUGUUUGGAACGUGUUUUGUGUUCACAGAUAGGUAGUGGCUUCCAGUGAGUAAUAACACACUGUCAUUUUUUUCCCCCCACAUUGUACACAAUGUAUACCAAAUCAGCUGAUGGAACUUAACCUGAAAGUGAAGCUAAAUUCAUGGUGUCUCUGUUUUCAAAAUGUGGAUUUAGAGUUCAUGGUACGCUGAGUAGUUUAUUUAUUUACUGGCACAUGGGAAUUUUUCCCAAUUUUUUUACCCUGACUGUUGUUAACUGACUAUUGUUAUACUUGCAAGUAUUCCACACAAAUAUUUUUUGAAACGUACAUUUUAGUGAUUAGUCAAGUGUGUCGUGUCAGAGGAAAGUCCCUUCAAAGACACAAGGCUAUGUGUAUAUGCCUGGUUAACCAUAACUGCUUACCACAAGUCUCUGUUGGGUUAGCUUGAUCAUGCUGUGAUUUGAUGUCUUUUUUUUUUUCUCCAACACAUAUUUUGGAGAGCUAAACCUCUGAAGAGCUGAGAAAUGCCCGAGAUGUACUUUGAAGUUGCCCUUUUUACACAUUUUGCUAAAUGUAUGCUAAACAGAGGCACGUUGGCGUCCACUUGUUGUGGGCUCACCAACUACAUUCACUACAUUGUUAUACCGUACACUUUGUUACGCUUUGUUUGAUUUUUCUUUCUGAAGUUAACAUGUAGAUUUGUGGAUCUCUGAAAGGUCAUGGACUGACUAAUCGUACUACUGGUUGCAGUACAAGACAAUAGUGUAUUUCUUUCUGUUUUGUGAGUUCAAACACUAAAAGCCUUAACAAACACUUCAACGUACGUUAAUGUAGACCUCAAAGAAGAACCUCCUGCUCAUACUAUUUUCUACUCAACUGAACCACAGCGUUCAACUUGGAGAAAAUCUCUUUUCACUAGUCGCUGCAGCCAAUUAGAGAAGACAAAAAUAACCAAAAACGAAAGAAUAAAAUGAAUUUUCACCAGAAUAUCUAUGCAGUUUUUUUUUUUAUCUUUGUUGUUCCUAACUUCAUGACAAGCCAAUGGAACAGGGGAAAUGGCACAUCACCCACCCUGUGAACGCAGGGAGUUCUUUAUAAAAAUUACAGAACUGUUGUCAGCGGUUACUUGUCGUCUGCUUCUCUUGCAUGCAAACGCCAUCAAAGGGCAUGUCUGUGAAUUAUGAAUAUGGACUUAAAAAAGAAGAAAUGUUUCAGAACUAUCAUCACAAAAUGGCUUUUAAGUGUGACGUUGAACUGCAAGAGCAUUUAUUAGGUCUGACUGGAUUCCCUAGUGAAUUAAACUACGUUCUGACUUGUAGAUAUGUUCUAUGGUUAAAAUUGAAUCCAAAGACAAAAGCAGGGGUAUCAUUAGUACUGCAGUGGAAUAACUUUGAGUUGUUAAAAAAAUAAAUUCUUACAAAAAUUACGCAUUGGAACAAAAAGUUACAUUUUCUUUUUGACUUCCUGUCAAAGUAGUUCUUUUCAAGCUCUUGAGAAAUAAUGACAAUCUUCCUCAGUAGAAGUUGAGGUAUGACGAAAGCAACUGGAGUGGGCUGAGAGAAGAGGAAGUGUGGUGAUGGUGCUAUUGGUUCCAUGACAACAGCAGUUUAAGCUCAGCAUGUCAAGACUUCAGUAUUGCGACUUGCUUUCUAGUAUUACUGUUGGUAUUUGGAUAACAAAGCCAAGCUCUCUCAAAUUCAAGUAUGAAUUACAUGUAAAGUGCUUAAGCCUGUGAAAGAUUUGUUUUAAUAAGCUACCUGAUCAAUAAAUAGUUGGCUCUGUGUUUUGUAAUCAGGAAUAAGCUGUUGGAUAUUACCCGAGGUCACUGCAGGCCUCUCACACAUCUGUCCAUACAUUUAAAUUGUGAAAUAUGUGUACUUACAUUAUUUUACAUCUUGAAAGUGUAUAAUGCCGUCUGACUUCAACUUUUUUAGCCUCUUUUUCAUCUGCUAAAAAUGCUAAAACCUUCGAAGGACAUUGUUAUCAGAAACUAUUUUUUCGUACUAUUAUGCUUCCAGUUGAUGCCAACACUUUAUAAUAAAUGAUCACAUUUUUAAAUGUCA